UCAGUGGAUCAAUUCCAGACGCAAUGGCGAGCCUCACGCAAUUGAAGUAUUUUGCUAUCUCAUACAACAAAUUCAGUGGAUCAAUUCCAAAUUUCAGCAUGUGCAAGAAUCUGACUACUGUAAGGCUUUAUAAUAAUUACCUGUCAAGUGAAAUUAUUUCCACUCAGUGGGAAAAACUUUUGAAUCUUGAGAUUUUGGAGUUGGAUAGCAAUUUACUGAAUGGGAAUAUUCCAGAUUCUCUAUUUUCACAUCCAUCAUUGCAAGUGUUAUAUCUUUCAAAUAAUCAAUUUUCUGGUCAACUCAAAGAAUUUUCCAACGCUUCUUCCUUCUUGGAAAUCCUUUAUUUGGAUAACAACCAAUUGGAAGGGCCAAUACCCAUGUCUAUCUUUGAACUCCAUGGUCUUCGAGAUCUCUCGCUUGGUUCAAACAAAUUUAAUAACUCCCUGAACCUUAGUGUGAUUCAGCAGUUAAAAAAUCUUUCAUACCUUGAUCUUUCUCACACCAGCUUGUUAUCUGAAUAUAAUGAUUUUAACUUUUCGUUAUCCUCUGUUCCCCUUUACCGCUUAAAUCUCGCUUCUUGCAAGUUGAAAAAAAUUCCUGAUUUCUUGAGAAACCAAUCCUAUUUAUCUUAUCUAGACCUUUCACACAACCAGAUCUUUGGAGAGAUGCCCAACUGGAUCUGGAAACUUCCUAAUCUUUAUGGCUUAGAUCUCUCUUACAAUUUUCUAGAGACUUUGGAAGGACCUAUCCUCAAUGUUUCUCUUUAUAGCCCAAACCUUCGCUCCAAUCAACUGCGAGGACAACUCCCAAUUAUCUCAUAUGUUGAAUACUUGGAUUUCUCAGGGAAUAGUUUGCAUUCCUCCAUUCUAGCUAACAUCAGUCGGUCAUUUCCUUCUAUUGGAUUCUUGUUUCUUUCAAGUAGUAAAAUCUAUGGGAGCAUCCCCAUAUCAAUAUGCAAUGCUACAAAUCUUAAACUACUAGAUUUAUCUAAAAAUUCCAUCAGCGGCACAAUUCCUGAAUGCUUGAUUGAGAUGAGUGAUAAACUUUGGAUGCUGGAUUUAAGGAGAAACAAGCUCAAUGGCACAAUUCCUGAUGCAUUUCCAGAUAAUUGUACUUUACAAAGUUUAGCUCUCAAUAAAAACCAACUAGAAGGAGGGUUACCAAAAUCUUUGGCCAAUUGCAUUAGAUUGGAGGUCUUGGACAUUGGGAAGAACCACAUCGAGGAUACGUUUCCAAUUUACUUGAAGAACACAUCCAUGUUGAGGGUUCUUGUUUUGCGAUCUAACAAAUUUUACGGGCCCAUUGCUCAUCCAAAGCUUAAUGCUCCGUGGCCAAUUCUUCAAAUUGUAGAUUUGGCAUCAAAUAAUUUUAUUGGUAACCUUCCAAUAAUUAUUCUUUCAUCUUUGAUGGCCAUGAUGGAUCGUGAACAUGAGGCGCAAUCAGAGCUUGAUUACCUCCGAAUUACUAUUAAUGGAUCUUCUUAUGAAGAUACGAUAACUGUUACCAACAAGGGUUUAGAGGUGGAGCUAGUGAAGAUCCUAACAAUCUUCACCACCCUUGACCUCUCUUGCAACAACUUUGACGGCCCUAUACCUGAAAAAAUAGGAGAACUCAAAGCGCUACAUAGUCUCAACUUGUCGCAUAAUGCUUUCACAGGCAAAAUUCCAUCAUCUUUGGGGAAAUUGAAUAAUCUUGAGACACUAGACCUAUCAUGCAAUGAGCUUUCUAGUAAGAUUCCUGUGCAACUUGCCGAUGGUCUUAUUUUUCUAUCCACUCUCAACCUUUCCUUCAAUCAAUUGGUGGGACAGAUUCCAUUCAUCAAGCAAUUUGCUACAUUUUCAGAAUCUUCCUUCAAAGGAAAUGAUAGAUUAUGUGGGCUCCCUUUGAAGUCACAGUGUACUUAUAAGGAGCCACGGUUACUGCCUCCAACACAUGAUGAAAAACAUUGGAAAUCUGGGAUUGUGAUCAAGUGGAAUUACAUAAGUGUUGAAUUUGGUUUUAUUUUUGGGAUUGGAAUUGUCAUUGGGCCUCUUGUGUUCUGGAAGAGGUGGAGGAUAUGGUAUUACAAACAAGUUGACGACAUUCUUUUCAAGAUCUUCCCUCGAUUGUAUCUUCGAAUAGAAUACCGUCAAAGACGCAGAUAUCGAAAUCAAAGGCAAAGGCACCAGUCAUAGUUAUGGGUUGCAGUGGCUCCAGAUUUAUCAUGAUUACCUUUCGCUGUGUUUAAGAUAUGUUGCUCCAAGUUUACUCUGAAGGAAGUUUGCUGAUGUUUAUAAGGCCUCUACAAUGGAAGUUGUGCUCAGUUGCUCAUAUAUAUAUAUAUAUAUGUGUGUGUGUGUGUGUGUGUGUGUGUGAUGCGUGCUUAAUAAUUUACAGUACUUUCCAUAGACAUGUAGGUACCUCUUUGAAUUCUAAAUAUUUUUCUUAUUUAUUGCUAUAUUUUACUGAUGCUUGUGUUGAAAAGCAUGUAAGACAAUCGUACUCAACAAAUAAUUA